AUGUUCACACCAUUAACACAAGUAUUUUUGCCUCUGGCACUUUCCGGUCUCGUCAUCACAUGGAUUAUUGUACCAACCAUUCGUUAUUUCCUCGAUCGAAAACGCCUAAGACAAUAUCCUGGACCGUUGCCGGCUGCGUUUACCGACUUAUGGAUGAUGUACAAGCAUUACACCGGAGGUCGAACCAAGUCUAUCCAUGAAUUGCACAAGAAGUACGGCAAGAUUGUACGAGUGGGCCCGGAGUCUCUAUCAUUUGCUUCUCUCGAGGCUGUCAAAGAUAUCCAUGGGCAUGGAACGGCGGCUUUCAAAGACAAAUUUUACACCUCUCUGGCUGGCGACCAUAGGCAGUUGCUCGAUUCAAUUGACAAGGAGCAACAUGCAAAGAAGAGAAAGCUCUUUGCAGCAGCAUUUGCACAGAAGUCUGUCGAAGAAAAGGAGCACAAUGUCAGAGAGGACAUUCAGGAACUCAUCAACCAGUGGGACAAGCUUGCUAGUCCUCAACCUCCUGCCGAUCAGACCGUUUUUCAACCUCAUGAGCUCAUUGACGCCAGACGCUGGCUUAACCUCCUUAUGCUUGACUUGGCUGGCGACUUUGCUUUCAGCAUGAAACUGGGAUUCGUCGCUCAGGGUGAUGACCUUACGACGUGCGAGACUAUCCGCGGCGAGAAAUAUCUGGCACAUCCUGAAGCGUCCAUCAAUCCCAACCUGCAGAUUAUAUCAACACUGGGCUAUGCACGGUCUUCCUUUUUCAAGAUCAACCGCAAGCUCUUCUCGUGGCACCGCGGCUGGAAGGAUGGCGAUAUCAUAACGGACUUCAUCACCCAUCUUGUGAAGACACGCUUAUCAGCCGAUGCUGACGGCAAAGAGCGUUCUGAUUUUUUCCACGCCCUGAACUACACACGAGACGGUGUACCGAUUGGUAUGGAGAUGGGAGAGCUGAUCCAAGAAUGCAGCUUGCUCAUGGUGGCUGGCAGUGAGACGACUACAUGCGCUUUGCAGAACAUCUUCCAUUAUCUUAUCCGCAACCCGCGAUGUAUGGAGACUCUAUAUGAGGAGGUAGCCACUGCAUUUGAUGAUGAAGACGAGGUGGUGCCAGCGUACGACAGGAUCAAAUUCCUCCCAUAUCUACGGGCCGUGAUUGACGAGACGUUACGCCACCGGCCUUCAUUGGCCAUUGCCUUGCCUCGUGUCACCCCUCCUGAGGGCAUGAGCAUUGCUGGAGUUUGGGUUCCUGGAAAUACAACUGUGAGCACUCCAACUUGGACCAUCCAUCACGACCCUGAACUCUUCGAGGCCCCCUUCGAGUUUCGGCCUGAGAGAUGGCUAGGGGAGUCUGGCGCUCAUCUGCAAACAAGCUUUGUACCUUUUAGCACUGGUGCAAGAGCAUGCGUUGGAAGAAAUAUGGCCUACAUGGAACUGAGUCUCAUUGUUGCGACUUUGGUUCAUCGAUAUCAUUUUGCUCUCUCGUCUCCUGACUGGGAGCCCACCAUCUACGAGACGAUGGUUAUCAAGUCUGGACCCAUGCCGGUUAAAAUCUGGCGCCGAGCUUCUGCAAAGGCCUCUUAA